AUGUCUAAUCAAAUAAAUAAAAUCGUUGAGGAUUUAUGUAAAAUCUAUGACGAAGAGGCUACAAAAGGGAAAACCACGAAAUUAAUUUUUGAUAUAAUAGAUCAAUUUCUAAUUAAAAAUUAUCAAGCUUCCGAGAAUAUAGUCAAUUGGUAUAACGCAAUAUUUAACGAAUCAGAAGACAUUCAUCCUUAUGAAAGUAGAUUCAUUAGCAAUAAUGUAUUAGAUUCAGUACAACUUCGGAUUGCUAUGGAAAGUCAAGAUAAUAUAAAUAUUUUAAUGCAUGAA